AUGAGAAAAGAAGACUCUGAAGAAUAUGUGCAAAAAGCCUAUCAAUUUAUCAAGGGGCAUCCUUUAUGGUACAACUUGUUUUUUGCAUCUGUUUCGGAAUCUAGCGGUCCUAUUGAUGAAAAGAAUUUCGUUGAGGCAAUUAUAGAUUUACUCGAUACAGCGAGCUAUAACUUCAAGGAAAUAUCUAUUGACUUUAAUAAUAUUGUAAAAGAUGACCAUGAUGUGCUGCAAGCAAUGUACUGACUUAUCAAAAGCAAUGGCUCUAUACCUAUUUCCAGUCUUACAAAAUAUCUUCCAGGUGAGAUUCUUUCAGGAAAUGUAUUCAAGGUCGUCUAUAAAAAACGCUUUGUUGAUUUUCAAUCAAAUAUUCAUCGCAUAUAUGCUUCAAUCAAUUUUGGACUCUUCGAAUAUCCGGGGCUUGAGACGAAAUCGUUUGAGAAGUUUUGCGAAGACUUUAAUCUGAAGUUUAAAGAAUUAGAUGAAUUAAGACCUACUCAGACAUCAUCAGGUCAAAAGUUGGAAAAAGAUGGUCUAAACGAUGAAGCAAAGAAGACUACUCGGAUAUCACCGGGCUUAAAGUUGGAAAAAGAUGGUCUGGGAGAUGAAGCAAAGAAGACUGAUUUAUAG